AUGGUUGUCCUCGAUGGUCAUGAAUUUCUAACGGUAGAAGAAAAGAGGUUGAAGGAGGAUCGCGAUCGUACUAAAUACUGGAAGAAAUGGGGGCCCUACGUUUCUGAGAGACAAUGGGCUACAGCUAGAGAAGAUUACUCCACCGACGGCAAGCCCUGGACUUACUUCACUCACGAAGAUGCUCGCAAACGCGCCUAUCGAUGGGGAGAAGACGGCAUUGCUGGCGUUUGCGACUCGCACGGUUGGCUCAACAUCGCAUUCAGUUUUUGGAAUGGCAAAGACGAAAUCCUGAAAGAGAGACUUUUCGGAGUAUCGAGCGAGGAGGGAAACCAUGGCCAGUCUAUCAAGGAAGCUCAUUUCCACGUAGACAACGUCCCUACUCAUUCUUACAUGAAAUACCUGUACAAGUAUCCUCAGAAGGAGUUCCCCUAUCGCAAAAUCCUUGAAAAUAGCCGACGUCCAAAGGAUCAGCGGGAGUAUUCCUUACUGGACACCGGCGUCUUCGAGAACGAUGCCUACUGGGACAUCUUCAUCGAGGUUGCGAAAGGCGACGAAGACCCCGAGGACCUUCACUUCCGCGUCUGCGCUUGGAACCGUGGUAACGAGCGUGCACCUAUUCAUAUCAUCCCCCAGGCUUGGUUCCGCAACACACGGGCCUGGGGGCAUGAGCCUGACAGACCGGAAGACAAACCGUCUCUCAAACUGAUCGGGCAAGAUUCAGUCUGUGUCCGUCAUAAAUCACUUGGAGAACUCUUUUUGUUGCAUUCUCCGUCCCCUGGCACUGGGGUUAGUGGAGAUGAUGUCUUCCCAAAGAUGCUGUUCACCGAGAACGAGACCAACUUGGAUGCCCUUGGACUCGGCACCAACAAAACACCCUACGUGAAAGACGGCUUCCAUAAGCAUAUUGUCAACAAAGCUACCGAUGCUAUCAACCCGGAUCAAACAGGAACCAAGUUUGGUUCUUGGUAUGCUUUUGAUGAGGACGGGGGUGUUAACCCCGGCGAGUGUGCCGUUGUUCGCUUCAAACUAAUGCGCGAGUCUCUGACAUAUCUGGAUGAAGAACUGUUUGACGACGUGAUGGAAAGGCGAAGGGAAGAGGCUGACGAAUUUUAUUCUCGCCUCAGCCCACUCCCAAUGUCUGAUGAUCUGCGAAACAUCCAGCGUCAGGCCUUUGCUGGCCUUCUGUGGUCCAAACAAUACUAUCAUUUCAACUGGGAGCAGUGGGCGAAAGGGGAUCCAACAUCGCCUCCUUUCACACGAAAGAACGUCGACAACAAGCAGGGUAAGCGGAUUCACUGGGACCAUGUCUUGUCAGUGAGAGACUCAUGGGAAUAUCCCUUCACAAGCCCCUGGGACUCUGCGUUUGACUGUGUUGUCAUGGCGAUGUUGGAUCCAGACUUUGCCAGAUACCAGCUGGAUCUACUGACCAGGGAGAAUUACAUGCAGCCCAGCGGACAAAUUCCUUCGAAUGACUGCAACUUUGACGAAGUCGACCCUCCCGUGCUCGCUUGGGCCGCGUUUCGUGUCUUCAAGAUAGAACGGAAGAUGUACGGCCGCCAGGACUUGGAGUUCUUGGAAAAUGUGUUCCAAAAGCUCCUUCUCAACUUCACCUGGUGGGUGAAUAGGAAGGAUACCGAAGGGAAAAACAUCUUUGAAGGCGGCUUCCUCGGCCUAGAUAACAUCGGGCCCUUUGAUCGAUCUGCUCCUUUACCGACGGGGGGGACUGCUGUUCUUCAGCAAGCGGAUAGCACCGCGUGGAUGGCCUUCUACUGCCUGUCAAUGCUCAACAUCGCUCUGGAGCUUGCCAAAUACCGUCGAAACUACGAGAGGCUUGCCGCCAAGUUUUUUGAGCACUUUAUCCUCAUCAGUGACGCGAUGGGCGACCUCUGGAAUGAGGAAGACUUCUUUUACUACGACGCAAUUUCCUGGGGUGGUGGAAGAACCCGCCAGCUGCGUGUCAGGUCGCUUGUUGGCCUUAUCCCUCUCUUGGCUACAUUGACUCUGGAGCCAGAGAUGACCAACAAAGUUCCUUGGUUCAAGAAGAGACUGGACUGGUUUAUAGAGAACCACCCAGAUCUCGCCGAGCGAAACACUGCUAGUAUAAGAAAACGUGGAAAAGGCAAUAGACUACUGCUAGCCCUGGCGAGCAAAGACCGGCUGGAGCUCAUCCUCAAGAGACUUUUGGACGAAGAUGAGUUCUUCUCGGACCACGGCAUCCGCUCUCUGUCGAAGUAUCACAGGGAUAACCCCUACUGCGUCACCUCGAAUGGAAAGAAGUUCGAGGUCGGUUACCAGCCUGGCCAGUCUGAUGGCAACACCAACUGGAGAGGCCCGAUCUGGAUGACCGUCAACUUUUUACUGAUUGAGUCUCUGCAGCGGUUCUAUCUCUUCUACGGCGACUCGUUACGAGUCGAAUGCCCAACAGGAUCGGGGGAUUACAUGCAUCUCGGAAGAAUCACCGAGGAGCUUCAACAUCGUCUGCAGCAUUCGUUUGCGGGAACAGACGAUGGCAGGCGCCACAUCAACGCUGGAAAUGAUACACGAGACUAUGACCCCUUCUGGAAAGACUAUGUAUCUUUUUAUGAGUUCUUCGACGGUGACACGGGCCGGGGACUGGGAGCCAAUCAUCACUGCGGAUCAUCUAGUCUCAUCGCCAGGGUAAUCCACGACACAGGACUUCUUUGUCGCUUGCCUCAAACUCCUCGCACAGCAAGCGUUGGCAUGCAGCAUUACUUUGACGAGGUGUUUGGGAAGCCAAAAUAUCGCCACCCACGGCUUUCAUCUACACGAGCUUUUCAAAGUGAUCGGUAUUUCGCUGAAGAGGGACAAGAUGAGGAAAAAGCUGUGGAGGCGGAUAGUUCUAAGAAGGCUGAGGCCGAUGCUCUGUUGGCCAACUAUAUAUCGGAACAGCUCGAGAAGGUUAAGAUUGGUGACUCUGCCUUGGAUAUCAAGGACGAGAUUGAAACUUGAUGACAGAAGAGGAACCAAGGGGGUAAUUGAUUGGACUUCUACCUCAAGCCCUAUCUCUACCUGAGCUCAACCGUGAGACAGACGAAUGCUCAACUCUACCCACAAUGCGUAUGAUACUUCUUUUCGGAUGAGCUAUUGCCCCAGGAUAGAGCAUAGGUGCCCAUAUUGAUGAUUUAUGAACAGUGA